AUGCCAGAUUCAUCACAGAAUUUACCACCUUCAUCAACAACAUCAUCAACAACAACAACAACAACAACAACUCCAGCAGCAACGACAAUACCAUUAACAAAUUAUAAUUAUUAUUUUUUACUUAAAACUGAGAAUAUUGAACCAUUAAUAGACAUAGUUAAUCGAAUUAAUCAAGAAAUCAAUGAUAAUCAAAAAUUAAUCCAUUCAUUAUGUUUACAAAUUGAUAAUCAUGGCAAAUUCCCUAAAACUAUAUCAAAUUUAAACACCAACACCAAAACCAACACCAAUCCAUCUUUAGUACUGUCAAUUGAUGAUCCAUUACGUUAUUUACUUGAAUAUAAAUAUAACAUCACUUCUAAUCCAACACCUAAUAAUAAUAAUAAUGGUGGUGGUGGUGCUGAAGAUGAUUAUAAACAAUCAUUAAUUAAUGAUAUUAAUCAAUUACGCCAAUUACAACAAAAUAAACAUUUAAAAAAUCAACAAUUAUUAUCAAUAAUUGAUGAUUAUGAACAAGAAAUCAUUAUUGAAAUUUUACCAGGAUUAAGAAAAUUAAUUAAACAUGAUUAUUAUAAUGAUAAUGAUGAUAAUAACAUUCAAGGUCGUCAAGGUUGUCAAAAAGAUAUUUUAUUGGUUAAAAAACAAUUUUUUUUAAUUAAUAAAUUAAUUUAUGAAAAAUAUCAAUUAUAUAUUAAAAGAAUUUAUAAAUUAAUUAAAUUUAUUAAAAUUAUGAUUAAUUAUAUAAUUAAAAUGAAAAAACAAAUUUUAAAAUUGAAAAAAUUGGAAAUUAUAAAUGAGAUCAAAACUAUGAAACAACAACAACAACAACAACAACAAAAGAAAGAAAUGAACGAAAUUUCACAGAAUAACAAAGGAUAA